GAGUUGAUGUUUAAAUGGCUGCCGGUCCACAGUCAUGGAGCUUUGACUUGAAGGGGUAUGGCUGUUCAAGUAAAUGUCAUUCAAUCUCAAACUUACAAUGCAUUAUAAGAAAGUUAUCUCUCUCUCUAUGGUUAUGACAGACCACUUAUACCCCCUCUACUGGCCAUACCUGGUAUCUGAUACGUGAGUUCACAGAUCCAGGAAGUGAAAUGUUAUUUAGGUUAGUGGGAGCCCCUCCUAAGCCUACUCCUCAGCACAAUUGGAAACGAAACUCAUCUCUUCAGCUCAGCCUGCUUGCGUUUCAAAAUGGCAGAAGCCAUGGACUCAAUCAGUUGUUUAAUCUGUUUGGAGACACUGAAGGAUCCAGUGACUAUUCCCUGUGGACACAGCUACUGUAUGGACUGCAUUAAACGCUUCUGGGAUCAGAAGCUUGUCUGCAGCUGCCCCCUGUGCAGACAGAUCUUCACUCCAAGGCCUGUUCUGAACAAAAACACUGUCAUUGUAGAAUUGGUGGAAACACUGACAGAAAUAAAUACGAAGAAGAUGCAGGAGGUGAGACUUAAGUACCGUGCACAGGCAGCAGUGGACAGUGAGGGGCUGUCAAAGAUGAAGGUUGUUUCACCUUCUGAACCCAAUACCAGAGAGGAGUUCUUGAAAUAUUCCUGCCAGCUCACAUUGGACCCCAACACAGCUAAUAGAUAUCUGCGUCUAUCUGAGGGGAACAGGAAGGUAACCAGGAGUGAAAAUGCUGAGUCCUAUGUUCACCAUCCAGACAGAUUUAACUUCUACUGCCAGCUGUUGUGUAAAGAAGCUUUGUCUGGAACCUGCUACUGGGAGGUAGAAAGGAGUGGGAGCAAGUGUAAAGUUGCCGUGUCUUAUAAAGGGAUCUGCAGGAGAGGAGACGGAGUGGAUGUUAGCUUUGGACGAAAUUAUCAGUCCUGGACUUUGGUCUGUGAUCCGUCUAUCUGCUCUUUCAGGCACAAUAAUAUCAGUACUGAUAUCCCUAUCCCCUGCUCCUCCAGAGUAGGAGUGUACCUGGACCACAAGGCAGGAACUCUGUCCUUCUACAGUGUCUCUGACAAGAUGACCCUCCUCCACAGAGUCCAGACCACAUUCACUCAGCCCCUCUACCCUGGAUUCUGGGUUGGUCCUGGUUAUGGAUCAUCUGUGAAGAUACUGACACCAAUAUAGUAAAUUAAGAUAAAGUUUUAUCUACUGUCAUGACGCUGCCCUCUGGUUUUCUAUGCACCAUCCCCCGACCUCUAUACUUCUGACACAAGGCUGUGUGAAGGCGGUCAUAAAACUCCAAAGGAGAAUGUCCUGCCUCAUGGCCCCAGUAUAAAGAGACUGAGUGUUUUCAUGGAGAGAACAAAGGAUUCUUCCACCUCACAGAAUUGGAGAACCGAACAACAUUUAUGUUCUGGAGAAGGUAUAAAAGAUCGGUGAAGAAUCCAGCUACGAACUGGUCCGCUUGGUACAAUUUUGUGAGGCUCAUUAGAGACAAUAUGGCCAUAUUACCAUACUAAGGUUUAUAUAUUAGCCUCAGCGAUGAGACUUAUAUCUAAUGGUUGUAUAAAAUGAUUUAAUAACAUUAAAGUUAUUUGGAAUAUGUUGAGAUGCUAUGUACUGAUGUUAAUGUGAGAGAAUUGUAUUUCUGUACAAAGCUUAACUCAGUCAUCGGCACGCCCCCAGGGACACAGACAGGACAAGGCAUCAUGUGACAGCUUUUCUAUGUUCAGCAUAAAACCCCCACCCUGAAUUUCUUUCUUCAGACCAGCUUACCUCAGAAGAGAGAGCCAAGGUUUGACCAUGCAUUGCUCGACUGAACUUUAACCAUACCACGUGGUUAAACUUUUAGACUAUCGAUACCGACAGAAUAAUAACAAGUCUUUGAUAUUAAUUACUAGUCUGCAGCUAGAAAUUCGGUAUCAUUGAACGCGAAGCCCGACGAAACAUCCAUUCUAUAACGACAUGAACAAAUGUCACUUUGAAAGAUCCAUUCUAACCGAGAGAGAGAGAACGCGGACAAAAACUCUCCAACAGGAUAAAAACUCUCCAACAAGGAUCCCGACGACACACUGAGCGUAAAUAUAUAUUGAUUGCAAUUGUUCCCGAAUGAGUGAGCGUUCAUGUGCAAAGGCUUAGCAUAUCAAUUGUUAAUAUUUAUCAACUCUGUUGUGCC